AUGGCAGAGGGUGCUGUGUUCCAACUUCUAUCCAACUUCGCACCCUAUCUCCGAGAAGAGUUGAAUUUGUUGAGCGGAGUACGGGAAGACAUCGAAUACAUAAGAGCCGAAUUCGAGCGCAUGACACAUUUCCUUAGAGUUACUGAUGCAAUAGAAGAUAGAGACCUGAAAAUCAAAGUAUGGGUGAAGCAAGUUCGAGAAGCUGCAUAUGACACUGCAGAUGCUCUUGAUAUGUACAUGCUUUGCCUCAGACAUCAUCAUAGCACCAAAUUCUGCCAGUUUGUUCGUAAGGUUUCGUUCUUUAUUAUGACUUUAAAAGCUCGCCACCAAAUUGCUCCCGAAGUAAAAGGAAUCAAGUCCAAAAUCAUCAAUAUUUCUGAGGGAUAUCAACGAUAUAGUGACAUAUAUGGCAAAAUAGAGCAAGGCUCAAGCUCUACUCAUUCUGACACCGCAUGGCCCAAAUCACUCUUAAUUAACUGGCUAGUUGAUGAGGAUCCUCGACUCAAGGUACUUUUUGUAGCCGGAAUGGGCGGAUUGGGCAAAACCACCCUUACAAAAAAGGUCUACAACGACGCAACAGUGAAGAGGCACUUCGAGAACCAUGCUUGGAUCACUGUUUCUGAAUCAUUCAAGGUCGCAGAGCUUUUAAAAGACUUGAUUCGAGUUCUCUUUGAAGACGUCAUACAACCACUCCCACAAGGAGUGAACAGUAUGGAUGCAAACAGCUUGAAAGGAAUAAUUAAUGCCUUUUUGCAGGAAAAGAGUCGAGUAAUUCUGACGACAAGAAAUGUAGAUUUAGCAUCUUUUGCUAGCGAAGAAUAUCAUGGCAUGGUGUAUAAUCUCGAGCCCCUUCCUCCCAAAGAGUCACGGGCCUUGUUUUGCUCAAAGACAUUCAAGGAGAAUUAUUGUCCUUCAUAUUUGGAAGAUGUUUCAAGAGCCAUCUUGCAAAAAUGCGAGGGUUUAUCACUUGCAAUAGUGGCAAUUAGUGGUCUGUUAUCAACAAAAGAGAAGAGUGUGGAUGAGUGGGAAAGGAUUUACCGUGGCCUUGGUGCGGAACUAGAAGGAAAUGACAAACUCAUGAGCAUGACUAAGAUAUUGUCCCUCAGUUACUUUGAUUUGUCUUACCAUCUUAAGUUAUUUUUUCUAUACUUGAGUAUUUUUCCCGAAGAUUGUCUCAUUGAUCACUAG